AUGACUAUCUCUAGGAAUAUAACGGCCGGAAUACUCUCUUCGAGUAUCUUCCUUGCCGCCGUUGGGUUGUUGUGGCUCCCAGCGCGCGGAAACCCAGGCCAACUAGAUGUCUGUCCCGCUAAUCGCGCCGGCUUCAAAGCCCCGAAGCGCAAUGUAUGGGCGGGCAUCUCCGAGCACGAGGCCAACGACGUUUACGAUUUCCUAGUCAAAGAAUGGGCUGAUCUCAAUGUUACAAGGACACCAAGGACCGCCUAUGAGAACUUCAUCUUCACCGUGGAAGCGCUGUCGCCGAACAAGUCGGAUGUCCUCCCGUUCCUGUGGGAGGACAGCAAGGAACCAGAGCGGUGGGCGAAGGUAGUGCUAUCGCGCAAUACGGAGGAGAAGCCACAGCUGAUCUAUCACGCUGUUGGCCCGCUACCAGUGUCGGAAGCGACACAAGUGGUCCCUUUGACGCACCCGUUCAGUUCCGGGCGGAACUAUGUGACAAACCUGAUGGCGGACUUCGUUGGAAGCCUAGACUUCUCUCUGGCGCUUGCAGAGAACGUUUCCGAUAUCACGACUGAAUUGCUGGACGCCAAGGUCAACAGAAAAAACCCUUACGAUCCAAACUCGCUCCAGGUCUUCCCAAGAUUCACUAGGCAAGAGCCUGGCUUGUUGAUAGCAUGGAUACAGUUCUUCAGGCCUGGAAUGGGAAGCUCGGGGCGUACGCUUCUCCCCCAGGGCAUUUACGUCAGAGUCGAUGCGACCAGUGCCAAUGUCAGCGACUGGGUUGUGGGAGACUGGUUUUACAAUGGAGUGAUGUACGCCAACGUCGACGAGUUUCGCAGGGCCAUGAGAAGUCCUGAUUUCUUGAAGACACCGCCCAAUGUAGAUGGCCCAUGGACUGACACGGAGGACUUUGACGCGAAGCCGGAUGGUCGACAGCUGCCGCCGCCUGUCUCGAUACAGCCAUAUGGCCCGCGAUACAAGCUCGACAAGGCAGAGGGAUACAUGUCAUGGUUCGGGUUCGAAUUCUAUCUCACCUCCACCCAAGCAACGGGCGUCAGUCUGUUCGAUGUGCGGUUCAAGGGUGAGCGAGUCAUGUACGAACUCAGUCUCCAAGAGGCCCUGGCACACUACGCUGGAGACGACCCCAUGGCUGGUGGACAGGAGUUUCUUGACACGUUCUUCGGCAUGGGCACGAAUGCUUUUGAGCUGCUGCCCGGAUACGACUGCCCUGGAUAUGCUGACUACCUCAACACCAAGCUACAUCGCGGUGGUAAGACAGAGACGCUUCCCAACAACAUUUGCGUUUUCGAAUUCACAUCCGACCACCUCCUCUCUCGGCACACGGCACAAUAUUCUGUGACCGCAUCGAGAAACACAUACCUCACAGUGAGGUCCGUCUCCACUGUCGGUAAUUAUGACUACACGAUCGAUUACAUCUUCUAUCUCGACGGCGCGAUUGAGGUCAAGGUCAGGGCCUCCGGGUAUAUCUAUGGCGCCUUCUACGCCAACAACCCAAAUAAGAACGAAGACGAGUACGGUCAUCGCAUCCAUGACGCGCUUUCUUCGUCGAUGCACGACCAUGUCAUCAGCUUCAAGGCCGAUCUCGACAUUGCCGGCUCUGCCAACGACCUUGUCAGGCUCGCCCUGGAGCCCACAGUUAUCAGCUACCCAUGGGACCAGCCGUACGUCAAGGAGCGAAACACUAUGCAUCUCAAGGAGUACCCUGUUACCGAGGAGGCUGGACUCGAAUGGCCGAAGAACUCGGGCGAGUUCUACAUCGUGUAUUCCAGCGAUCAGAAGAACGCCUGGGGCGAGAAGAAAGGCUACAGGGUGGUCUCCGGAACCGGGAUGGGAAACACACCACACCUGUCAAUCCUAAACUCCACCACUCUGGGCAACAGCGCUCGAUGGGCCGAGAAAGACAUCUGGGUCGUGCGACAGAAGGACAUCGAACCGAGAGGAGCCGACCCGCUGAACUACCUCGAGCCACUCGAGCCCUUGAUCGACUUCACCACCAUUGCCAACUCCGAGAGCCUCGCCCAUGGAGAUACGGACUCGGAGUACGACGGCGACCUCGUCAUAUACUUCAACGUGGGAAGCCACCACAUCCCGCACUCGGGCGACAUCCCCAAUACGCUCAUGCAUACUUCCUCGUCAAGUGUCAUGUUUGUGCCGCACAACUUCGCCGAUCGGGACCCGAGCCGCGAGAGCGUCCAGGGCGUCCGGUUGCAACUCAAGGGAAAGAAGAGUGGGGGUUUCGCGGGCUGGGAUCCGGAGGGCGAUGAGCCCAAUGAGGAGUUGCGAUCUAGAGGGAAGGACAAGAAUGGAGGCAAGUACGAGAUGCAUGAGGGGGCGAACUACUUCGGGACGCCGUAUGCGGAGGAUGUGCAGUUGCCUUUGGCUGCGCUGGAACCGGACCUGCCGAAGGAGUACAGGAGCGAGGAGAUCAGGGUGAGCGAUCUUGGGUUGAACGGCAGUGCCGCUGGUGUCUGGAUGAGAAACCCUUAG